AUGCAGGACAAACUCAUCGGCAAGUUCAAGCUCCGAACCCGAUGCUUGACAGCUGACGGGAAGCGGUCUGAAACAACACAGGAAUUCCAAGGUGGUCUUGAAGGAUUGCUGAUUUCAGGCAAUCCCGCACCAGACAUCAAGGAUGGCCAGCACUACCAGCCGCAGAGCAAGACCUUUCCUGCCUUUGACUCAUGGACCGCAGAGGGCGUUGCUCAGCUGACGAUUGCCGAUGCGCAUGACAUCACCUUCCAUGACAGUGUUAAGACCAGCGACCUGACGAUGUUUGCAAGAAGCAUGAGAGCAAGGCCAACUUCUUUGUCGUUCUGCAGUUUCAGUUUGAUAGUGGAUGGAAAACCGCAGACUGUGAAGCAGCUGAUGGCUGACCAGAUUCAGCAAUGGCUCGUGUGCUUUGAACCUUCCGGAGCGGCGCGAACGAGGGAUCUCGCCCUGGUGCCGCUGGAUGCCGGCUUCAUCCGGGGCUCCGUGCUGGCGCGCUCUGGGCGUGGCGUGGGAUGUGCGCCGGAUCUCCGCACCUGGGACCCGGCACACACCGUGGAGAUGGCUCGCCUUGCGGAGCUCAGACACACGGAGGUGUUGCGGCGUUCGGCCGAGCGACACCUGGCCCGAGGGGUAUCCUUGCCGCGGCUCCGCUGCGAGGUGGGCAUGGAGGAGAGCAAGUUCCUGCGCAGAGCAGGGGCUCCGGUGCCGUCGCAUCUGAGCAGCGGCAUGGUGAAGGCGUAG